UCUUAAAUGCUUUGCUGAAAAUAACAAAAUGAAUUUUCUUUUUUUUUUUUAUUUUCUAUGUCAACAAUAGAUAUAAAGAAUUAUCCAUAACUGUAAUUAGGUUGCAACAAUUAAUGAACCUAAAUCGAUUUUGAAAUUAUGCUGGUCCCCCACUCGUUCUGGUCUUUUAGCUGUUUUGUGUAAAGAUAGUUCUAUAAUUAAAUUGAUUGAUAUACAGUCACCUGCUGGAAGUGAUGAUGUAGAACCUCCAAUCGUGGAAAGAACUUUGCAGCCAUUUGCAUCUCAUUCUGUCAUGUCUUUCACAUGGCAUCCCACACAAGAAAACAGAAUUUUGACCAUUUCACAAAACAAUCAGCUGCUGGAUUAUACCAUUUUUGACCGCAUAACUUUGAAUUGGUCUCCUACUUCAGAAAUAGUAUGGACAUAUGGAAGAAAGAUAUUACAAUGUGUAGAUAGUACUGAUGAAUUUUAUUCCUGCUUAAAUGAUAUAUCUGUGAUAAUGAGAAAAAGAGCUUAUCAAGGGUAUGGCUUAAAGGUGCCUAAAGUUUGGAUGAAUGCUGAAUUGGCUGAAGACCCGGCACUAAAUGGAGUUUGGAUGUGGUUAGAUCUGGUUAAAGCUGCUGUUGAAGCUGAUUCAAAGAGGAGAUCAAAUCUCAGGAACCAUCCCAACUAUGAAGGUGUCCAUUCUGUGAUAUGUGGAGAAAAUGAAAGUUUUACCUCCAGUCAGAGUGAACCUCGACGAGUGACAUGGGUUGGUCUCUAUUCCACAGAGUGCAAGAUUAUAAAAUAUACUAAUGAAGAAAGAGAAAGAGCACUACAGCUAUGUGGUUGGGGUGCAGAUUUGGAUUCAAAUGCAUUUUUUAAAUUUUUGGAAAGAUUAGAGAGCGAUGGUCAUUUUACAAGGGCAGCAGCAAUCGCGGUAUUUAACUUGGAUAUCAGAAGAGCUAUUAAAAUGCUUAGCAAAGGAGCUUUGUCUAAACAUUAUAAAGGUUCAACUGAUUUAAAUGCCAUAGCUAUGGCAUUAGCUGGUUACACAGAAGAUAAGUCAGCAUUGUGGAGAGAAAUUAGUAGUUCUCUCAAAUCUCAGUUAUCUGACCCUCAUCUCAGAGCAAUGUUUGCUUUCCUUACUACAGAGAAAGAUAGCUAUGAAGAAAUUUUGAAUGAAAGUCGUAUUGCUGUUCAAGAUCGACUGGCUUUUGCUUGUUUAUAUCUGAAUGAUAAAAAGCUUGCUGAUUUCUUAGAUGGCCUGAAGAAAAAUAUGACAGAAAGUGGUAAUUUAGAUGGCAUUUUAUUAACAGGUUUAACAAAUGAUGGUUUAUCAUUAAUUCAGAGGUAUGUAGAUACUUCAGGUGAUGUGCAAACAGCAAGUUUAAUUGUUCUUCACACACUACCUAGUCAAAUCUGUAAAGAUCCAAGAGCUCAAGCAUGGGUAUCCAGCUACAGAAAUUUAUUAGAUACAUGGAAGUUAUGGACACAAAGGGCUAUGUUUGAUGUAAAUUGGUUUAGUAAUAAUCCACAUGCUAGUAAACCCACGCAGCAAAUUUUUGUGAGCUGUAAUUUUUGUCGAAGGACAGUUUGUAAUUACCUACAGUUUCGACCACCAUCUGGAACUUCACGAUUCUCACAAGUUCCAGCUUCAUCAGCUAACAAAAAGUUACAUGCUUCAAUGCAGAUAUCAUGUUGUCCUGGAUGUCGCAAGCCCCUUCCACGCUGUUCUUUAUGUCUUAGCCAUAUGGGUACACCUGCAGGCUUGCAUUGGCAGCGCCCAGCAGAUAACAGUUCAGAUAGAAAGAAACUGACUGACUUUUCAAACUGGUUAACAUGGUGUCAAACUUGUCGGCAUGGCGGUCAUUCAGUACACAUACUUACGUGGUUUGAGCAUCAUAAUGAAUGUCCAGUCACUGGGUGUAUGUGUAAAUGCAUGACACUGGAUGCUGUCGCAAAAUUAAGAUGUGGAACAAAUAGCUGAAAUUCUUUCCAGUGAAGAUGCUUCAACUGGAGCCCAAUGCUUUUUGAAGAUCAUUUUAUUUAUUAAUAAAAUUUUUCAAUGUAUUCUAAAAAUUGGGAGCAAACUAA